CCGUAUCCCAUGGAGAUUGGCUCUGCAAGUUCUGCUUCAGUCGUGGAUGUCCUGCCUUGACUCUGCUGCUAUCCUUCAUCUUGUUUUGGUAUUGCAGUCUUGCUGUUGAUCAGCCAGCAACGACAACUAGCGAGCAAAAGCUUUCACUCACAUUUGCACCACGAUGAAGUCGCAGAAGCAGUUAUCCCUCGCAGCUCUCCUGCUUGGUGUCUUCCUAGGGGCCUCGCAUGUCCUCGCCGAUGGCGAUGAUGGUCUCUUGUUCGCCGACGUUGUCGAGCAGACAGGGUUUGCGAUAGCCGCAGAAGACGGCGAGAAGCCAGACUACACCUGCAGCAAGGCCAAGCCAUGCAAACUUGGUUGCUGCGGCCCGCUUGACGAUGAGGGCAAUGGUGUCUGUGGCAUGGGCCCCGACUACUGCGGCAAAGACUGUACCGGCCAGUGCAAUGAGAAGAGCGAGUGCGACCCGGGCUGGGGAAUGCAGUGGUCCAAUGCAUCGACCUGCCCUCUCAACGUCUGCUGCUCAAAGUUUGGCUUCUGCGGGACGACGGCAGACUUCUGCGAUGGCAAGACUGUGCCAAACCCCAAGUGCAGCGGUUCCAGCUCCGACAAGCGCACUAUCGGGUACUACGAGGGCUGGAACUAUAAGAGACCUUGCGGCAACAUGGAGCCCGAGGACAUCCCCCUAGGCUGGUACACGCAUAUCAACUUUGCCUUUGCCCUCAUCGACCCCAACACGUUCCGCAUCGCGCCCAUGGACGAGGGGACGGCGGCCCGCUAUAAGCGCGUUACUGCGCUCAAAGCCGGCCAGCCUGGACUUCAAGUCUGGAUCGCCAUUGGUGGUUGGGCCAUGAACGACCCUGGUCCGUACCGAACCACGUUCUCAGACCUGGCUAAGUCGACAGCUGCGCAGGAUGUAUUCUUCGAGUCUCUCCUUACCUUUAUGACUAAUAAUGGCUUCGACGGCGUUGACCUCGAUUGGGAGUACCCGAUGGCUGAGGACCGCGGUGGUAUCCCCGAAGAUUUCGAUAAUUAUGUAACGUUUUGCCGGAGGCUGCGCGAGCGUCUGAACAGCUCAGGACGCGCAUGGGGCAUAACGAUGACGCUGCCAGCAUCGUAUUGGUACCUCCGCGGCUUCAACCUCAAGGAGCUGGAGCCAUACCUCGACUGGUUCAACAUUAUGACUUAUGAUAUCCACGGUGUCUGGGACAGCACGGUCCACUCCAUCGGUUCUUUCGCCUACGCGCACACUAACCUGACGGAGAUUGACUUGGGCUUGAACCUGCUGUGGCGUAAUAACGUCAACCCGGACAGAGUGGUUAUGGGCCUGGGCUUCUAUGGACGCAGCUUCACGAUGAAGGACGCCAACUGCAUGGCCGCAGGCUGCCCCUUUGCGUCCGGUGCCGCGAACGGCACGUGCACGGACACCGCCGGUGUGUUGUCUGCCGCCGAGAUCCACGACAUUGUUGAGAACAGGGGCGCGACAGUCACGUUCGACCCGGUCGCCGCCUGCAAGAUUGCCACCUGGGGUGAUCGGCAGUGGGUCAGCUGGGACGAUGCCGAGACGCUCAAGCUCAAGAUUGAUCAUGCUAAUGAGAGAUGCCUUGGAGGGACUAUGGUUUGGGCCAUCGACCUAGACGAUGGCACUCUGAUCGAGGCCCUGGGCGCCAACAUCAAGCGCAACAAGAGUAUGGUAAUGCCGUUCGAGACGGAGUGGGACAUGCAGACCCGCAAUGUGGAGUACUUGAUUGGGUCUACAUGAGGCUGGUGGAGCAGGCGAUCGAGAAUGCAAACUGCAAUUCUUCUACUGUCGAACGGUUUGAUUCCAGCAGACAGCCCUUGAACCACUGCUGCAUAAAGAGUUGGUGGAGAGCCUAGACAUGGACUUAAGAGAUAGUCUCGAUUUGAAAUUGGCAACUGGUGUAUCUCACGUACAGAACAUCGCGCUCAGAUCCGUGUCUAGUGCUCAUAGUGAAACUUAUUAUAUCACGGGCGAGGGGCGAGUCACAGAGUAACAUACCCAAGACUGUACUUAAAAUCGAGAUAUAUAAUAUUGACCAGUCACUACCUGUGGCUUCGAUAUAAUGCCACCCCGGGAGUUAUACAAACACCUUCAUAUUGAAGCGAUGCGCCCCCUUGAGCUACAUACAAGAUCUCAGACCAACCCCCACCGUAAGAACGACCCC